AUGGCCGCCGGAGCACUGCCGCAAGGGGCCUCCUCCCACCGGGGCGGCGGCGGCGGGAAGGAGGCGAUGCCUUGUUGGGCGUCGCUGCACAUCGACCUGACACAGCUCAUCGCCGCGCGGGUGCUCGCCACGGGGGGUUUCCUGGACUACGUCCGCUUCCGCGCGGUCUGCUCCGGCUGGCGCGCCGCCGCCGCCUCCCCGCGCGGCCGCGGCCUGCUGGACCCGCGCCUCCACCCGCGGCACUGGAUGCUCUUCCCCGAGGGCUUCGGCCGGCACCCGGGCCACCCUGCGCACGGCGGCCACGCCCGCUUCUUCGACGUCUCCGCCGCCGGCGCCUUCGUCCGCGUCCCCAUCCCGGAGCUCGAGGACCACCACGUCCUCGACUCACCCGACGGCCUGCUCCUCCUGCUGCGCUUCGAGGACACCGCCCUCCGCCUCCUCCACCCCUUCACCCGUGACGUCGCCGACCUCCCGUCCUUCCACUGCCUUGCCCAGCAGGUGAAGCACCUGGAGGAGCUGCCCAGCCGCAUCAGGCUGUUGGAUGCUGCUGAUGUGUUUUAUUUCUACCGGGAGCUACUCGGCGAGCUUUGCAGCGCCGUCAACAUCACGGCCUCGGGGACCAUUACCGUGAUGCUAGCGCUUGCUCCUAUUGGCCGCGUCGCGGUUGCAUCAGCUGGUGAUGAUGAGUGGACUAUAAGCAGCUGGAAGGAGGACGAACUGGAGGCGACCCUGCAGUAUCAGGGGAAGCUGUAUGUGGUGUAUCAGAAAGACUGCCUAACACAUCAUGUCUCCCUGAUUGAUCCUCCGCUACCUUGGUGUGAUGGGGAUGUGUCAUUAUCUCCACCAACAGUGCCUCCACCAAGGACAGUCGCGACAGUAUCAAGCAAGGAAAUCUACUUGCCUUCUUUGGUUGAAUUGGACUCAGAGAUCAUGCUUGUCGGCUACAAGAAUAGGGCCUGUUCAUGCCUUUUGGUUCUCAAGCUUGCUGAUCUUGUCUUGGGUAGGACUGUUCCAGUGAUAUAUAUAGGUGAUCAUGUCCUCUUUUCUGGUGCCCGUAGCCUCUGUGUGUCAUCCAAUUGGUUGCCUUCCAUUGGUCAAAACUCCAUCAUACACCUCCGAGCGAUCUGUCUUGCACAAUACAACCUAAACUUUGGUGCUUGGUCGCCGGCUAGUGAUGAAGACACAUGCUUCGAGCCCCCAAAACCCCCUUGUGAGCUCGUCCAUCACAUCUUUACCUGUUGCUAUCGGAGAUUCUGGAACACAGGGUUGCUGUUCCAGUUUGGGGCAUGGAUACCUGAUUGGCGGGCGAGGCUGGACCGGAUAAUCGCAAAAUGUUCAGUCUAUGUGUCUAUUUCUCCAGGGAAUCGCUACUCUUGUUGCGCUUGUGUCUCCCUGAUGGUUGAUCGCCUGAAGAAUUUGGAAAGAGCAGUAGCUGUUUAG